AUGGCGGCUAAAGACGACGGCAAGAGCCCCGCGGCAUUCGCAGACGAGAUGCAGAAGCAAACCCGCAAAGAACGUCGCUUCGACGAGGUCGAGGCACAGCUCCCCAACCCAACAGUGCCGACCCUGCAGGCGGCCUUCGCGAGCGCCACUGGCAUCCUGUCGCAUCUCGGCAGCUACAACCCCUGGGGCAAACCCGUGACCGACGACGACAUCGUCUGGCUUCUGGACAACACAGCAUACAAGCCCUCCCGUCUAGGCAGCUGGCAAGCCGAGUUCGUUGCCGCGAUUUUCGAAAAGGAGCCGAAAUGCAAGGUGGUCGAUAUCGUGCAGGGCGUCGCCGAGAAGCUUGGGCUCUCGGACGAUGCAGAGGAGCGCAAGACCAUUGAGGAGCGGAUCAUGCCGUUCCUGUGGGACGUGCAGCCGGCGCGGCACCUCCGUGUCGUGCAUCAGAAGAAGGAGCUUAAGCUGGGCCCCUCGGGGUCGAAUGGCAUCACUACGGAUACACUCAAGAUCCACGAGCAGCCCACCGGUUCGACGGUCACGUCCAGCGCAGCGGUGCCGCGUGGCGCGACGGGCUUGUUGGAGAUGAAGACGUUCUUCGCUGCUCCAGAGGGAUGGGCAAUCAUCUCAGACAUCGACGACACCAUCAAAUUGACGCAGACGAGCGACCCCAUCGGCAUCCUCCGCGAGACCUUUGUCAACGAACCGAGACCAAUUGAGGGCAUGCCAGAGCUGUACCGGAACAUCUCAGCACUCUUGCCGCAGGAGUCGCCAUGGUUCUACCUCUCGGCUUCCCCAUACAACCUGUACCCGUUCCUGAGGGAGUUCCGCGACAAGUACUACCCGCCCGGGUCCAUUAUUCUCCGCGAUUCAAGCUGGAAGACGGUUGCAGGCUUGCUGUCGGCGCUGACCAUGGCCACGGAGCAGUACAAGGUGGAGCGCAUGAAGAAGGUGCACGACUGGCUUCCGAAGAGGAAGUUCAUCCUGAUUGGUGACUCCACGCAGUCCGACCCCGAGGCUUAUGGUGAUAUCUACCGCGAAUUCAAGGGCUGGAUCAAGCUCAUCUUGAUCCGCAAGGUCACUGACAUUGCGGCCAUUGGCAUCUCCGCAAAGAACGAGCCAGAACGUUUCGAGAAAGCUUUCAAGAACAUCCCUCGCGAUGACUGGUUCGUCUUUGAGAACCCCGUCGACUGUAACAAGAUUGUUCGCGACACCAUUGCUCAAGGCUGA